GUGACAAAAGUUACAAAAUUGAAGGAAUCGAUUCGUUGCUUGUGGCGAAAUUGAUCGUGUUUUUUAGCAUAACUUUCUGCUAUUCUGCUUUCUGUUUCUUGGAGUUCACUUUUUAUGAAGUCAUCGACCUCAUAAGCGGAACAAUUCCAGAGAGGUGACUCACUAACAUUUGGAAAUACAAUCAGUAGUAAAACGAACCUACCAUCCAAUAGCUGUUCAAGCGCUUAUAAAAACUCAAGUUGUGAUUCUCCACAUAAGAAACCAGAUGGAAACACUAAUUUCUUGUGAUACGUUUGUUGUCUUACCUCCUCAUACAAAAAAUGGAGUGGUUUUUGGAAAAAAUUCAGAUAGGCCAAAUGGGGAGGUGCAGGAAGUUGUGUAUUACCCUGCUUCUGAAUCUUCAGAUUCAGUUAAAUGUACCUAUAUUGAAGUUGAAUCAGGUGGGCCUACAAAAGCUGUUAUUUUGAGUAAACCAAAUUGGAUGUGGGGUGCAGAAAUGGGGGCAAAUGAAUGUGGAGUAGCCAUUGGAAAUGAAGCUAUUUGGACAACUGACAAUGAAGGAGAUCAUGAUCCUUCUGUGAAAAGGCUCUUGGGAAUGGAUUUAGUUAGGUUGGGACUAGAAAGAAGUUCAGAUGCUGAGGAGGCCUUAAAAGUUAUAACAAGCCUUUUAGAGAAAUAUGGACAAGGAGGGCCUUGUUCUGUAAGUGAUGAAGGUUUUUGUUACCACAAUUCGUUCUUGAUAGCUGAUCCUAAAAAUGCCUGGGUACUAGAAACAUCAGGAAAACAUUGGGUGGCACAUCAAGUGAAAAGUGGAUUUUAUAACAUUUCUAAUGUGAUAUCUAUAACAACUAAUAUAGAUAGAAAAUCUGAAGGUAUUGAAGAGUAUGCUAAAUCGAAAGGAUUGUGGGAUGGUCAGGGCGAGUUUAACUUUUGUGAAGCUUUUAGUGGUGAUAAAAAACCAGGUGAUGCAAGAUAUCUUGCAGGCAAAAAGCUUUUAGAGAAAUUGACAAACUCAAAUAAUUUCAAAGAGGUAGAUAUGUUCAAAGUUUUACGUGACACUAAUUCAGAAAUUUGUCGACCUUGCACAGCCCCAUUUCCAACUCAAGGAAGCCAGGUUUCUGUGCUCGGUGAUAAUAAGCCUAGCGUUCAUUGGUUUACUGCAACACCUGAUGCCUCUAACUCCGUAUUUAAGCCUUUUGUUUUCACCCCUAAUGCUAAAAUAUCAAAACAUACUGUUUGUCCUGAGAAUGAUAAAAUGGCACCACACACUCUCUAUUCUUUACAUUCAGAAGCUUUCAAAAAAGGCUCUGAUGUGAAGGCACUGUUGAGGAAUAUGGAACUCAAUUGUGUGAAUGAACUAGAAUCAGUAUUAGAAAAUGUCAAAGAAGACCUAUCUGAAUUGGAUGAACUUCUGAAAGAUUGUGUAGAAACAGAAGUUAAAUUUUACCGUUAAUUCGAAAGCAGGUAUAAGUUGCAUUGCAAGGGGAAGAGACACAUUGGAUUUUUUAUUUACCAGGAAUAAUAUAUCAUCAUCUUUUAUCAGAGUAUAAAUUUCUAAUGUGUCCUUUUGAAUUUGGCUCCAGUACAAUAUUAUCUAUGAAGAAUGUAAGCUUAAACAGUUGCUUGAUAUUUCAAUUUUUCAUUCAGAUUGGAGGUGAAAAACUAAAUUGAUUUGAUCAGAGUUUUUCCAGCAACUCUCAUAUAAGUAUAACAUAUUUAGAAAUACGCUGAAAUUUAUUAUAUUACUGAAAUAUUAUUAGAAUGUUUUCUAUUUAUAUCAUAAACUUACUCAUAAUUUGCUGAGUAACAAUUAAUAAAUAGAGCACAAAUUUUACUGAAAUGCAAAAUUUUAAAAAAAGAACUGAUGUUGACACAAUAGAAAAGGCUCAAUCACCACACUAUAAUUGAAUUUAGGCUCUUCUUGUUCAGAUGAUUUUCUGAAUAUUAGAUGUAGUCAAGUUUUGUGAUGGAAAAUUUUCAGAAUGAUAAUAAUUUGUUCAUUUGAAUAUCUUGUGAUUUGGUUAAGGUUAGUGUGACCAUAUUUAGUUGAAUUUUUAAGUAUUUUAUAUACUAUUAUUGUGAUAUUUUAAGACCAUAUUUUAUUUUUGAUAGGAAACAAUAUAAAUUUUAUUUAUUUCAUUAGUUGAGAGAUAAUUUAUAGACAUAUUCCUUCAUUUGGUUCUUAUGGAUUUGAGAAUUGAUGAAUAAUGUGAAAUAAUGUAUGCACAUCAAUAUGAACGUAACUACCACAUACCUUAUAUCGUUUGAGAGUCCAAUAUAGGUACAUGCUUAGUAUUUUUAUUUGCGAUGGCAGUAAACAUCAUGUUUGAAGAGUUCAGAUUGGAUACAUGAUCUGAAUUAUGCGUAUUUUACUUUAAUUAAUCAAUUCGCUUGUAUUGUCUCAGAUGGCAUGAAUAAAAAUUAAUGAGAA